CUGCUACGCGCGAAAGCCUCUGGCCUUCAACGCUUCGCGUGCAAAAAUGGAGAACGUUUUCUUAAAUGCCUUGGUUCUCAAAAUUCUACAGAUUAUGGAUAUACUUGGGAAACAAGGUUUGUCAUUUUGCAUGUUCAGAUAUGGGGUACGGUGGAUUCAUGGUGGCUGGUUUAUGGAGUGGAACUGUUGCUUACAGUUUUCAUAACAAUAUGCAUGUACUUCUUUCCGGAAAGUCCAAGCUUCCUCUUGACGAAAGACCAAAAGGAGGAGGCUGAGAAAGCAAUAAUUUUCUAUCACGGUGUGGAUGAAGCCGAAACCGAACCACUGAUGGCAGACAUGAAAAAGGGUGUCGAAGGAGACAAACCAAGUGGACUGUUCGAGAUAUUUACGGACAGCCUCCCAAGAAAAGGUCAUCGGAAAUGUCGUGGAAGAAUCAUCUAA